UCCGCGCGCACCGAACACGCCCCUCUCCGAGAUGGCGCUGCCGGGGCUCAUCGCCAGCUGACGAAACGGUCGCUCGCCCUGGAAAGGCAAUCCGGAGAGCCAAUCACUGUCGCCGAGGGCGGAGUCGCGGGGCCCGUCGCCAUAGGUGGAGGAAAUGCGAGCGGUGGCGUUUCGCUUCGCUUCGUGCAAGUGCUAAAAUGGAGGCGUCGCUGGGGCGGCUGCUUUUGCCGCUGUUGGUGGUGCUGACGGGAGCACAUUUAGCGCUGGGCAGGGAACAGCAGGAGAAAAUCCUAUUGCGAGAAGUCCAAGCCCUGACACUCCACCGGGGCAGGUACACAAAUUAUCGGAGGACAUCUCCAGUGCCCCAGUUGCAGUGUACGGGGGGCUCAGCUGGAUGCACAGCAUACACCCCUGAGGUUGUUCAGUGUUACAACAAAGGCUGGGAUGGCUAUGAUGUGCAGUGGGAGUGUCAAGCACAUUUGGAUACUUCAUAUCACUUUGGAAAAAUUGAAGUCAGCUGUGAAGGCUACGAUUACCCAGAUGACCCUUUCAUUUUAAAAGGAUCAUGUGGCUUGGAAUACACAUUAGAGUUAACUAAGGAAGGACAGCAAAAAGCUAGCACCUUUGCUGGGACCCACUAUUCUGCAAUUUCUCAUUCAUUUGGUUUGGGGUUUGGAGUGAUCCUGGUAAUAUUAUUUGUUGUCUUUGUUUUUGGCAUCUACAAGCUAUUCCUCUGUGAUAACCGACAACAGUAUAAUUUCCCUAAUGUACAUUCAGGAGCCUAUGAGCAACAUUAUCAAAACCCACCUCCACCAGGAUUUAAAACAAAUAGUCAGGAUUAUCAAGUACCACCUCCACCAGGAUUUAAAUCAAGUUUCACAGGAGCUGCUGGUAGGUCCAACCAUGAUUCUAAUUCAGGGCCAGGUUUCUGGACUGGAUUAGGUGCCGGAGGACUUCUUGGAUACUGGCUUGGCAACCAAAGGUCAUCUUCACAUCACAGGUAUUCUCCUUCCUACAGCACAUGGGCUGGUCCAACUGCUCCAUUGGCUGGUUCAUUUGGCACUUCAUAUAACCGUACAACAUCUUACAGUUCAGAAACAAGACCCACCUCUGGUUUUGGAGGUACAAAAAGGAGAUGAAGUUUGGCUCCCACUCUGCCUAAGCAAGUGAAUAAAAGCAGCAUUUCAGCAAUUAUGAAACUUGUAUUAACCCUGUUUGCUAGAGUUAUAAAACUCCAGUUUUGUAUUCAGCUGAAUAUGUUUGUAUCUGUGCAUCCUUAAUAAUGUAGUUACAUUUAUUUUGGAACAGAAGCUUUUGACAGAAUAGGGAAGUUUCUCAUCUCUAACAGGGAACUGUGUUCUAUAAAGAAGGGGGAGAGCCUUCUGCAAUCUAGUGCCUUUCAGAUGGGUUGGAGUAUCACUCCUGGAAUUAACAGCUUGCCAUCACGUUGGGGACUGGAGAUUGGAAUAUUAGUAAUAAUUAGAUUUUUUUAAAAGUUGGAAAUGCCACUUUUUAAGGCCUCUCUGAAAAUGGCUGUAAUUUGUUAUAAAAACAACAAAGAAUGAAAUAUUACUUUCUGAAUAGUGUUACUCUAUAGACUAGACAGAGUGAUCUAAGUUUGUUAUUUUCUUUACAAUAGUUCUUCAGAAAGAUCUGAGACACGGGAAAAAAUCCGCGAAGCAAUCCUGUAUAUGUCAGUUAGUAAUUCCACUAGGUUCAGUGGAAUCUGCUCCCCAGUAGGCAUAUAUUGGAUUAUAUGCCUGACCCCAACCAUUUCUACUAAGGGGCUACUAACUACAUUCAGCUCAUUUGAUGGAAUCUGGUACAGAUCAUACUUUGGAGUGCAUUUUCAGGGAUGUCAGGAAUUCCUAUAGAAGGCUAGUUUGUAUGCAAAAUUGUCCUUUAUUAGAUCAGCCAUUACAUUCUUGGCAUGAUGGGACAUAAAUGAUAAUGCACGGUGAACCCAUUUUUUAUUGGCAUCUUGUUUACGUCCAGUGGCUCAGGUAAAGGUAAUGCUUUCUCUCUAGUACUUGCUCCUUUCAGAUAAUCUUUCUUCCUAGCUUUUUAAUGAAUAUUUUCUUAGUUUCCAUUCCUCUAUCCACUGAGAGGAAACAAACAGCAAUCUCAAAAGUUUGUAUUUAAAUUUCAAAAUAAAGUAACAAUGCCUGAAAGUAUGUCAUAACUGAA